AUGAUCCCCUCAAACGUAAAUCACUCGGGAAUGCCAACAGGCAAGAAAUAUAUGGGAUGGUGGGGAAACAUGGGAGGUCCCAAGCAGAAAGGGAUUGUAGAAUACUCCCUAUCACCUUACCGUCAAAGCCCGAUGAAAAACGCCUUCCAAGGCUAUCUGUUCCAGGGCUACCGGAGAUUGGCUGCCCAAGUGCCCUACUGGAUCGUCCCUUUUGGUAUCGGUUACGGAGUCAUUAAAUGGGCCGACGCCGAUAACCACUUCAGGAACACCAAAGCCGGCCAUGCUGCGGGCAAAUUCGCAUAG